AUGUGCCUCCCGGCCAAAGAGGGUCAAGGAGGCCUGCUGCUGGUGGGCCGCUUUCUCCCUCCACCUGCCGCCCAGCCAAGGCCCCCCAUGUGGGGCAGCCGGUCCCAGAGGUGCCCCGUGGCCCCCUCCUCCACCGACCGCAAAUGCCAGCCCAAGAGCCACCCUGGACUUCCACACCAGGGAGGUUGGCAGUCUUCCCCCUUGACUAACAACCCAAAGGAGCAGCUGCCUGGCAGUGGUCCCCUGGAUCCCCCUUCCAGGGAGGGCCAUUGCUGCCCCUUGGGACCGAGGGUCGCCCCUUGGGGCUGCUGCCCUGGGGCCUGGCUCCUCCUCCUCGGGGCUAGAAGGCUGGAGGUCCAGGGCCAGAAAGCGGGCUGCCAGGGGGGCAUCUGCAGGGAGAGCCCCCCACCCCUCCGGGGAAGCCCUGUGUGGAGCAGGCAGCAUCCCCUCCCAGGCCCCUCCCUCCCUGCCAGAGACCCAGAGGGAGAGGGAGCCAGAGGGGGGGGGUCCCAGGGGGAGGGCCGGGCCUCGGGGCCCCUCCCUCCCUGGCUGGGCCUGAGAAAAGCCCACCCUCCUCCUCCUCCGGGGCAGAGGGCUGCUGCUGCUGGAGAGCUAUGGAGGAGGGCCGGGGGGGCUCCGGAGGCAGGGUCCUCGGUUGGGGAGCUGGAGGGGGAGCUGGGGGCCUGGCGGCGGGGGCUGGAGGCGCAGGUGGGCGAGGUGCUCCGCUUGGCUGCCCCUCUGCCCCAGGCCCUGGCCCAGCUCCAGCGCCAGAACCGCCUCCUCCGCGCCCAGCUCCAGCGCCUCGCCCGCCAGCUCCAGCGCCACGGGAGCCUCCUCGGGGAACAGAGCCUGGACUUGGAGGACUGGGACCUGGACUCAGAGGAGACCCUCGGAAGAGGAGGAGGAGGGUCCCCUGAGGCCGAGUGGGGCCCCAGCCAGGUCCUCCAGGCAGAGGAGGAGGAUGGGCCACAGCAGCAGGAGCAGCAGCCCCCCAAGGAAAGGGCCCCAGGGCUGACCAGGCUCCCCCCAGAAGCAGCCUCCUCGACUCUCCCCCCACAGCGGCCCAAUCCGGCCCCCGAGGCCCACGCUCCGGUGGCGGUGGCUUUGCGGAUGCCCCACCAACCGGUGACCGCCGUGACCAAGGUGUCGGAGACCUUUUCAGGAGAGACCACCAGGCCGACGGUCACGCCAUACGUCUCCGGGGGGCAACAUGCCAACAGCCACGCAGAGCCUGCGCAAAAAGCUCCCAGCCAAGCAGAUGGGAGCUGCCCAGCCCCAAGUGCUGUGAGGACCUGGAGCGCCACUUCCACCCGGACGGCCACCACAGCCUCCUCAGAGAGAUUCUCCUCCGUGACAAAAUCCGUGUCUGCGGUCAGCUACGAAAGCACCACCAGCAUCACCAACCUGCCAUUGGGAGCCCCUCCCCGGAGCCCCUCACCCCCCUUGGUGGCCCACCACCAAACGGAGAGGCGGAGGGAGUUGGUCAGGUCACAGACGCUGCCCCGGACCUCCAGCACUCAGGCCAGGAAGGCCCUGUUUGAGAAGUUUGAGCAGCAGGACACUGGAGGGAAGGGGAAAGGUGGGGGCCGGCCCAAGCUGAAGCGCUCCCAGAGUUUUGGGGUUGCCAGUGCCAGCAGCAUCAAGCAGAUCCUCCUGGACUGGUGCCGCUCCAAAACCAUCGGCUACAAGCACAUCGACCUGCAGAACUUCUCCUGCAGCUGGAACGACGGCAUGGCCUUCUGUGCCUUGGUCCACUCCUUCUUCCCCGAGGCCUUUGACUACCAGGCCCUGGAGCCGGGCAAGCGCAAGGAGAACUUUGAGCUGGCCUUCACCACUGCUGAGAAGAUGGCCGGCUGCGACCGCUUGAUCGAAGUGGAUGACAUGCUGGCCAUGGGGCGCAAGCCGGACCCCAUGUGCGUCUUCACCUACGUCCAGUCGCUCUACAACCACCUCCGGCGCUUUGAAUGAGGCCCAGAGGGGCUCCCCCUUGAAGAGGGCUGGGCUCCCCUGGAUGGAUGGGGCUGUGCUCCCCAAACCCAUGUUGCUGCUGCUGCUGUUGAUGAUGCUGCUUCCAUGCUCUUUCCUGAUGCAGGGCCCCUUGCAUGCCAGGGGGGCACAAUGGGGGGGGGGGGGGGCCGGAUC